AUAUUACCUCAUGAACAUGAAUCAGGUCGCGCUAGUGUUGCCUGAUAACCUUCCAAUGGCGAAUGAUUGUCUGAUGAAUAUUAAUAGAGAAGCCUUCUCCAUAGUAAGAUCCAUAAAUUAUGUUAAGGGGGAGUCUGCGCCAACGGGGACAGGUGGGAUAUUAAUCAUCAUGCUGGAAAUCCAGACAUUGUGUUAACAGUCAGCGUACAUCUUCUGAACCGUCUGCUCGGUUAUUAAACAACUGAGGUCGUAUUUACUCUAGAUGAUGCUGAAUCCCUCUGCGAAUGAGCAUCAUUGCCUUUGGACAUUUACAGGACCACCGUCAUCUUUCUGUGAGAAACCCCUCAGAAAUCAGUGCAGCCAGGAGGCUUCAGCAUGUUUUGAGUAAAUAAAGGUAUCGAACGCUAUUUUCAUACCAUAAAACGAUGCUGGAGAAGAGUAAAUAUAAUCUGGUAGACGACUCAGUGGAUCAGAGGAUUCCUGCUGAUAAUGAUGGACAUUUCCAGCAAGGGCUCACGUUCGAGGUGAAGUUCAUUGGGAGCCUGGAUAUCGUGCGACCCAAAAGCAGAAUUGAAAUACUGGCUGCUAUGAGACGAAUACGGUAUGAGUUUAAAAUUAAGAACAUCAAGAAGAAGAAAGUCAACCUUAUUGUGUCAGUGGAUGGUGUCAAGGUGUUUCUGCGGAAUAAGAAAAAGAAAUAUGACUAUAGCUGGGAUGAAAGCCAAGUGACACUGGCCCAGGAUCCUAUUUUCAGAAUAUUUUACGUCUCUCAUGACUCACAGGACCUGAAGAUAUUCAGUUACAUAGCAAGAGACAAGAAAAGCAAUGUGUUCCGCUGCAAUGUCUUCAAAUCGAAGAGAAAGAGCCAAGCCAUGAGGAUAGUGCAGACCGUGGGUCAGGCGUUUGAGGUGUGCCAUAAACAGAGUCUAGACAAUGCUGACGCAUGGCUUGUAAAAGGUGAGGAAGAGAGAAGCAAAGACGAGACUUCAGUUGCAAGUGGUUCCGCUGAGAGAUCAAGCAACACUGGGAUAGAGAAAGAUGAAAAGGUGUGUGAAGAGCCGGUGCUGGUGAUGGUGUCGUCCAGGCUGGCUUCUCCUCUCUCCAGUCCUCUGUCUGUGAGCCAUCAGGUGCAGCUCCUGCAAAGACAGUUACAGCAGCAGGAGCAGAGGAGUCAAGCCGCCUCCGCACAGGUGGUUCUGCUGCAGCAGCAGCUGUCGGUGGAGACCAUCGCCAGGACAGAGGCUCAGGCUAGAGUCCAGCAGCUCCUGCAGCAGAACACUGAACUCCUGCAGCAUCUCUCACUGCUGGUAAAACACAUCCAAGAGCUGGAGCUCCGCACUCAACCACACAAAAACUCCCCCUUGGGAUCUCAAGACAGCCUUCUGGAAAUUGCCCUGCGUGCCAACAUCCCAGCUGUAUCACGUGACCCCAACCCAAAUCCUCCCUCAAGCACUCAAGAGGGCUUCUCUCUCUCAAACAGCCUGACUCGGCUUGACGGCUUCUGUUUCUUCUCAGAAUCUUCAGAGCGGGAGAAGAAGCCGGAGCACGACCGUGACUCAGGACAGGGUCAGGAUGAAGAUCAGUCGGGUGGAUGCUCUCCUCCUGGGAACCAGUUUCUCUGCACACUGGACACACCAGGAUUCAGAGAAUCUGGUAUUGCAUCUGGAUAUGAGUCCAACACUGAUGAGAGUGAUGACCGGGAUAGCUGGGGCCACUAGCUGUGUGCACCAUGUGUGAGAGUAUUCCUGCUAA